AAUAAAAGAAAGGAGAACCAUAAACCCUGAACCCUCUCCUAGUCUAUUUUUUCACGUUGUGUGCUCCUCUCCAGCAGUUAGUGUCGCCACCUUUCUCCGGUUCAGUGGCGCCACCGCCGCCGUUGUCUUUCUUCCGCUUGUGCCGCUGCAGCCUCUCUCUGAGCGGCUUUGUACAGUUUCCAUGGGAGGUAAUAGGGCUCAAGUCAAUAAGCCCCAUAAAUCACGCUUCUCAUCCAAGGCAACGCGACAACAGCACAAAACCUCUUUAACAGAUAGAGGCAAAGUAACAAAGAAUAAUGUUGCUAAGGGAGCUCGGGCUGCUCGUCUUCAGCGUAGCAAGAUGAUUCGAGAGCAGAAAAGGGCGGCUGUUUUACAGGAGAAAAGAGCAUUAAGUGGAUCAAAGAGUCCUCCCAGAGUCAUAGUUCUUUUAGGACUCUCUGCAUCAGUAGACCUGAAUCCACUGGCUGAGGAUCUCUCGUCUCUAUUAACUCCUGGAGCUUCGUCAUCCACAGUUGCUUCUUCAGAAUACAAGCUUCGGGCAACAGUACUGAAAGCACCCUAUAGUGACUUGCAUUCAUGUAUAGAGAUGGCCAAGGUAGCUGACCUAAUUGCUUUUGUGGUCUCUGCGAGCUACUAUAUUGAAAGAAGCACAACUCUCUACAUUGAUUCAUUUGGAAGCGAAUGCCUUUCUGUAUUAAGAUCUCUGGGCUUACGUGAGACCUACCCCACUGAUAUAAAGAAAAGAAACGACUAUAAAAAAAUGUGUAUUUCUAGCAUUACAUCUGAAUUUCCCGAGGAUUGUAAGUUUUAUCCUGCCGAUACGAAAAAUGAGUUGCACAAGUUUAUGUGGCUUUUUAAGGAGCAAAGGCUCACUGUUCCUCAUUGGAUAAAUCAAAGGCCUUAUUUGAUGUCUCAAAAGGUUGAUAUGGUAGCUGAUAAUUGUACUCCAGGAAAAUGUACCCUUCUUCUCACUGGUUAUCUACGAGCUCAAAGUCUCUCUGUGAAUCAACUGUUACAUUCUUCUGUUCAUGUCGCUGGAGCAGGAGAUUUCUAGCUUUGCAAAAUCGAAGUUCUCAAGGAUCCAGUCCCAUUGAAUCCAAGAAUUGAACAAGAUUCCAUGGAUACUCAGGACGAGGAGGUUGUUCGCUUGUUGGAGCCAUCAGAGCUAGAGCCAUUGGUUGUUGAGAAUGAGCUUGAUCCUCUGUCUGGUGAACAGACUUGGCCGACUGAGGCAGAUAGAGGUCAGAAAGAAAAGCAUCUGAGGAAAAGAGCACUUGCUCAUGGCACUUCUGACUAUCAGGAAGCCUGGGAAAUAGGUGACGCAGAUGAUGCGGAUUCUGAUGUUGACAAUGAAUCUGAUGGUAUGAUAUUAGACAGUGGUUAUACAAAUGGAAUGGAUGACCUUAAUAAUCCAAGCCUCAGUGAUGAUGAUCAAGCAUCUUUUGAGUUAAUAAAUUCUGAUCAGGAGACGGAUAUAGAUUCUGUGAUGAUGGAUGGUGAUAACUUGACCAACGAACAAAGAUUGGAUGAGUUUCGAAAGAUAAAAAAUGCUCACGCUGAAGAUGAAGAAUUUCCAGAUGAAGUGGAUACACCUAUGGAUAUCCCUGCCAGAAAGCGCUUUGCAAAGUAUAGAGGUCUUAAAUCCUUUAGGACAUCUUCAUGGGACCCCCAAGAAAGUUUGCCUCAAGACUAUGCUAGAAUUUUUGAAUUCAGUAACAUAUCCAGAACACAAAAGCAUGUUCUAGCUAAAGCUUUAGAAAGAGAGAAUGGGAACAGAGAUGAUUGUGUGGCAUCAUGCUCCUAUUUAAGGCUGCACGUGAAGGAAGUGCCUGUUUGUGCUGCUUCCAAAUUGUGCGAGUUAACGAAGUCAAUGCCAAUUACUGCGUGUGGACUUCUGCCACAUGAAUCCAAGAUGUCUGUCCUCCAUUUCAGCAUCAAGAAGCACGAUGUCUCUGAACAGAUAUCCGAUAAAGUUGGGACUACUGAGAACACCAAGAAGCAUGACAAGAAUUCUCCUCCCCUCAUGGGAAAGGAAAAAUUGGUGUUUCAUGUUGGGUUUCGCCAGUUUGUUACGAGGCCAAUAUUUUCAACCGAUAACUUCAAUUUGGACAAGCACAAGAUGGAGAGAUUUCUUCAUGCUGGAAGAUUUUCUAUUGCUUCUAUUUAUGCUUCUGUUUCAUUUGCUCCCCUUCCUUUGAUAGUUCUUAGGAAUGUUGAAGGAAUCUCUUCAUUUGCUGCUUCUGGUUCGUUAAAGAGCAUCGACCCCAGACGGAUAAUUUUGAAAAAAAUUAUUUUAUCUGGUUAUCCUCAACGAGUAUCAAAAUUGAAAGCUACUGUGAGAUACAUGUUUCAUAAUCCCGAUGACGUGAGAUGGUUCAAGCCUGUGGAUGUGUGGACGAAGUGUGGCAGACGUGGUCGCAUCAAGGAACCUGUCGGCACACACGGUGUAAUGAAGUGUGUUCUGAAUGGAGUUUUACAGCAACAUGACACAGUUUGCAUGAGCUUAUACAAGCGUGUUUAUCCCAAAUGGCCUGAGCAUCUUUUCCCUCUCCUUGAUGCUUGAAUAGUGGUAAUUUUUCUCUAGCUCAUUGUUUGAUCAUUUUUUACCUUAUAAUGUAUUAUAUUCCACAGGAAGGAACAAUUUCUGUAAGAUCAGAAAAUAUUUAUCUUUGGUGGAUUUUCAAUGUAUUUAUCUUUAUCCUUA